AUGGAUCAUAAACACUUGUUACAACAAAAGCCUCCAGGAGCUCCAUUCACGUGCAGCGGUUGUAGACAACUAGGGUUUGGAUCAAAUUACCAUUGUCAAAACAACUCUCAUUGCAACUAUGUCCUACAUGGAGAAUGUGCAUAUCCCGACCCUUACGCCUUUCAUCCAUUUUUUGAGAAAAGCUAUUUCGAAUUUCACAAGAAACCACCUGGAGAUAGAGAAAGAUACUGUGAUGCUUGUGGAAAAGAUAUAUUAGGGUUUGUCUACCAUUGCUCUACGACAGGAUAUGAUCUUCACCCUUGUUGUUUGAAGUUGAAAAAUAGUAUUACUGAUGAAAGUGGUACUGUGACACUGAAAUUGUCCAAGAAAGUUGAUUCAAAGUGUGUGAAAUGUAAGCAUAGGAGUGUUGUGGGAAAUGUUAAAGGGUGGUGUUAUUAUGAUAGAAAUAGUUGUUAUCACGUGUCUUGUUUCAAGGAUUUGAUAGUUGAGAAUUGGAGGAGGGGUUAUUUUUCUCAAGGAGAUACAUCAAUUGCAACUACAAAUUCAAGUAAUGAUAGAGAAACUCAACUUGCACUGACGAGCAUGGAGAUGGAUCAAAGUUUGAGGAUUUCAAGGAGGGCAAGAACUAUAAGCAAGUACGCAAAGAUAGCAAUUUUGGUAUUCAAGCUAAUAUUUUCAGCUAUAUUUGGAAAUCCUAUAUCUGCUUUUGUUGCUAUUUUGGAAGCUCUUGCUUCAAAUUAA